GGCCUUUAAAACUCGUUAGAGAUUUAGGGUUUCGCUCGCUUCAGUAGUCUCAGCUUCGCAGCUCCUCAGCCCCACCCUCAAUCCUCCCAGUUGCAGCAGCAAAGGCAAUUUCGCUCUAUCAUCAUGGGGAAGACACGUGGAAUGGGAGCUGGUCGUAAGCUGAAGUCCCACCGUAGGAGGCAGCGGUGGGCUGAUAAAUCUUAUAAGAAAUCUCAUCUUGGCAAUGAAUGGAAGAAGCCAUUUGCAGGGUCAUCUCAUGCAAAGGGGAUUGUCCUGGAGAAAAUCGGUAUUGAAGCUAAGCAGCCCAACUCUGCCAUUAGAAAGUGUGCUCGAGUUCAGCUGAUUAAGAAUGGGAAGAAAAUAGCUGCUUUUGUACCCAACGAUGGUUGUUUGAACUACAUUGAAGAGAAUGACGAGGUGUUGAUUGCUGGAUUUGGUCGUAAGGGACAUGCUGUGGGAGAUAUUCCUGGUGUUAGGUUCAAGGUUGUGAAGGUGUCUGGUGUCUCACUUUUGGCUCUCUUCAAAGAGAAGAAGGAGAAGCCAAGAUCUUAAAUACUUCCAGGUCAAGUGCAAGUAUCUUCUGAAUGAAUUUUUUGGCUUUUGGCUGGAUGGAGGAGCCACCAGAUGAUGCCCAUAUAUCGCGUAGGGGUUUCUCCCUCUUGAAGUAAAGUAUCAUCCCUCCCAUUUGCCAGACAUAAAUCAUUUUUAUAAGAAAUCUCUAUUAAAAAUUGUGAGCACGUAGUUUUUGCCCUAUAUGAAUUACUCCCACAAAUUCAAAACAAAAUAAUUUUUUCCGU